CGAAAUCCGCAAUUCGUCCGCGUGACACGUGGCGGAGCAUCCUCCAGUCUCCAGCAGACGGCAGAAAUAUAAACCCCACCAUGUCUUGGCACUCUCUCCACUCAUUUCUGCAGCAGUGAACAAAAGUGGAAGCGGACAAAGAAAUGGCGGAGAAAAUGCAGGAGCGGGCGGAGGAGAAGAAGCAUGGCAACAACGGCGGUACCGGUAUCGUCGCCGUGAAUCCCAAGCCCAAAACUGGGUUUCCCUCAAGGCUAGUCGAUUUCCUGGAGAAGUUGAUCGUGAAAUUCGGCUACGACUCCUCUCUGCCUCUUCACUAUCUCUCCGGCAAUUUCGCUCCAGCUGACGAGUCUCCCCCAGCCAAAGACCUUCCCGUCAAAGGCUAUCUGCCGGAAUGCUUGAAUGGGGAGUUUGUGAGAGUGGGUCCAAAUCCUAAGUUUUCACCCGUUGCUGGAUACCACUGGUUCGAUGGAGAUGGGUACGCUCCCGUUGCAGUUUCUUUUGAUGAAUUCAAUAUUCUUCAUAUUGGGGAUCUCAAGGGGUUUUUUGGAUUGUUUAUGGUUAACAUACAGUCCUUGAGAGCGAAAUUGAAAAUAUUGGAUUUGACAUAUGGAAACGGGACAGCUAAUACUGCUCUUAUUUAUCACCACGGGAAGCUCCUAGCACUUCAAGAAGGCGAUAAACCCUAUGUGGUUAAAAUAAUGGAAGAUGGGGAUCUGCAGACUGUCGGCUUGCUUGACUAUGACAAGAGGCUCAAACAUUCUUUCACUGCUCACCCAAAGGUUGAUCCAUUCACAGAGAAUUAUGCAAUCUUUAUGGAUCUUCCUCUGUACUUCAGACCAAAGGAAAUGGUGAAAGAAAAGAAGUUCAUUUUUGCUUUUGAUGCAACCAAAAAGGCUCGUUUUGGUGUCCUGCCUCGAUAUGCAAAGGAUGACCUUUUGAUCAAAUGGUUUGAGCUUCCUAAUUGCUUCAUAUUUCACAAUGCCAACGCUUGGGAGGAAGGGGAUGAAGUUGUUUUGAUUACUUGCCGCCUUGAAAAUCCAGACUUGGAUAUGGUUAAUGGAACUGUCAAGGAAAAGCUUGAGAACUUUUCAAAUGAACUAUAUGAAAUGAGGUUCGACAUGAAAACUGGGGUGGCUUCACAGAAGAAACUAUCAGCAUCUGCUGUUGACUUCCCCAGGAUCAACGAGAGUUACACUGGCAGGAAACAGAGAUUCGUGUAUGGUACCACUCUAGAUAGCAUCGCAAAGGUCACGGGAAUCAUCAAAGUUGAUCUUCUGAAUGAACCCCAGCCAGAGAAAACAAAGCUGGAAGUUGGAGGAAACAUUGUAGGCAUCUUUGACCUCGGACCGGGUAGGUUUGGUUCAGAAGCAGUAUUUGUUCCUAGGGAGCCUGGCAUCACUUGUGAGGAAGAUGAUGGCUACUUGAUAUUCUUUUCCCAUGACGAAACUACCGGAAAAUCAGCUGUGAUUGUUAUUGAUGCGAAAACCAUGUCAUCGGAUCCAGUUGCAGUUGUGGAAUUGCCCCAUAGAGUUCCCUAUGGAUUCCAUGCCUUGUUUGUCACAGAGCACAUCUUGAUGGAGAAUCUGCAUCUUGGUUUCGGUUCCACCGGAAACUUGAAUGAUUAUCAUUUUAUGUACAGGACCAACUUCAAGAACAAGCAAAGCUAA